AUGGUCUCAAACAACCAUAUGAACAAUUUAACAACCCUUAUUAAGCGGCUUGAAGCUGCAACCUCCAGGCUGGAGGACAUGGCCGCUUCCCUCGAUGGCCCAGGUCCCAGUCCGGGGACAAGCGCCAAUAUCGUGGGUGCUGCUGACACCUCUAAAGCUGCUGCGCCAGCUAUGCCAGCCGCUGAACCCCUACCAAAGUGCAUCGAGGCCUUUGACGCUAUAAUCUCCAACGAAGUGAAGGCAUUCCUCGAUAUCAGCCAGCAGCUCGGUGAUCUAGUUGUCCCUCAGGCAAGUAGCCAUUGCGCCAUCACAGGAAGAGUAUCUAAAGCAGUCCUUAAAGCCUUCGAAGCCGAACGGAAAUACCUUCUUGUGUCUACUAAGGCCAAGAAGCCAGAAGCACAACCCCCAGAGCUGUUCACGGACCUGCACAGGGCCUCCGACGAAAUCAACAAUAUCCGCGAAAGCAAUCGCCCCUCUCCAUUCUUCAACCAUCUUAGUGCGGUAGCGGAAGGUGUGGUUGCGUUGGGUUGGUUCUUCGAGACCAGACCAGCAACUUUCGUCACGGACACGCUGGGUGGAGCACAGUUCUAUGGAAACCGAGUGCUCAACCAAUACAAGGACAAGGAUAAAACCCAUGUCGAAUACAUUCAAGCCUACUACCAGAUCUAUAAAUCCCUUAUCGACUACAUCAAAGAAUACUAUCCCCGUGGAGUGACAUGGAACGACAAGGAUGGUAUCGAUGUGAUGGAUGCAUUGAAGCAAGUGUCUUCAGGCUCUUCCUCUUCUGCACCACCUGCAACAGUAUCGAAGGAGGCAGCGGGCGGUCCGCCACCACCGCCUCCACCACCACCACCACCAGGCCCUCCACCAGUAAUCAAAGCAGCACCACCUAGCAAUGAUAUGUCUGCUGUUUUCGACCAGCUUAACCAAGGUUCUGCUGUCACAGCGGGCCUCCGAAAGGUAGAUAAAUCUGAACAAACACACAAAAACCCCAGCCUGCGAGCUCAGUCUAUCGUUCCGGGCAGCCCUACGUCUCGUGGUAAAUCCCCCGCUCCCAGCAAGAAACCAAAGCCAGAGAGCAUGCGGGUCAAGAAGCCUUCCCGGAAACAACUGGAAGGCAACAAAUGGUUCAUUGAACACUUCGAUAGCCCUGCAGAUAUUGUCGAAAUCUCCGCUUCUCUCAGUCAGUCCAUUCUGAUCUCCCGAUGCAACAAGACGAUCAUCAAAGUCAAUGGUAAAGCCAACGCGAUAUCACUUGAUAAUUGCGUUGGUGUCUCCAUCAUCGUCGACUCGCUCGUUAGCAGUCUGGAAGCAAUUAAGUGCUCCAAGUUCGCGCUGCAGAUUGACGGAGCUGUUCCAUCCGUUAUGUUCGAUCAGAUUGACGGAGCCCAACUUUACCUCAACGCUGGCAGUAUGGAUACCGAGGUCCUUACAAGCAAGUGCACGGCUAUCAACAUCGUCCUACCGCCCAAGGAGGACGUUGAAGAUUCAGAUGCAAAGGAGUGCCCUGUUCCCGAGCAGAUUAGAACUGUAGUCAGGGAUGGAGCAAUUGUUAGUGAAAUCGUGGACCACGUAGGGUAA